AUGCAGAUGAAUCCUACAUGCCACACAAAGACACUUGAAUAUUUCACAUUUGUAAAUGACGAUUAUGAUGAAGAUCCUGAGUUAACAAUUAGAGAUGAUAUGAAUCAUGGGAAAAAGACUUGCCGGGAAUCAAGCCAAACUCUAAUUACCCCUCUGGGUGUCACCAAUACUAAAAAUCCAAUGCCAUGUCACCAGCAUCGAUAUCCUCUGCAUAAAAGAAACCUGUAUAUUUUCCCUAUCAUAGGAAGCACGGAUAAUCCAAAUAAAAGGACAAGCUUACCGCUUUUCUUGAUCAGUUACAGCACCACGGACCCAGCACUCAAUGACAGGAUCCAGUUCCCAUCAUUCUACAGAACUAUCCCCAAUGAGGAGGCAGAAAUUGAUGGGAUUGUGCAGAUACUGAAGCACUUUGGCUGGAAAUGGGUCGGACUCAUUAUAUCAGAUGAUGACACUGGAUACAGAGCCCAGGAAAGGAUAAGUACAGCACUUUCCAGUUAUGGGGGCUGUUUAGCUUUCACUGUUGUACUUAGAGACAUAUAUUUAAGAUACCGUUAUACAGAAGAGAUUGUUCAGCCAAUCAGGAAAAGACCUGCUCAUGUGAUUGUCGUGUAUAUAAGCACACAAUAUGCUUAUGCCUUUGCAUUUCUAUUUACAAGAUAUCGACUCCCAAAAUUUUUUUGGAUAAUGUCAUCUUUUUUCCCCAGAGUUAUGACUUACAGACAUAAAGAAAUUAAAACCACAUUUAAUGGAUCUUUGACAUUGUUAAUACAGGAAGGAGCGAUUCCCGGCUUUGAGCAGUUUUUCCGUCGAUUUACUCCUAAUCGCUACCAAGAUGAUAAUGAUUUAACUCUAUAUACCUGGGCAUUUUUAUUUGACUGCAAUUUGCCAGGACGUGUCGCUUUUAUACCUCUGGAAGGUGAAGUGGUUAAAGACUGCACAGGGAAUGAGAGUCUCAGUGAUGCAGAUGUAUCAGUGUAUUGGAAUCUAAGUUACAGAGUCACUUAUAGAGUUUACACUGCAGUCUAUGCACUGGCACACGCCCUGCACAAUCUCUACUCUGCUCAGCCACCGACUAACCAACACUUAAACAAAUUAAAAAGUUUGACAGCAAAAAUAAAGCCAUGGCAGCUAAAUAAAUACAUCCGUAAUUUGACUUUUACGACAUCUACUGGUGACACCGUCUUCUUUAAUGACAAUGGAGAGCCACCUUUUGCUUUUGAUAUAGUCAAGUGUUUUUUCCUGCCACAUCGUCGAGUUAUCAGACAAAAGAUUCCUACAUCUCAAUGCAAUGAACCCUGUUCCCCAGGAUACAGGAAAUCUAAAAUAGAAGGAAAACCAUUGUGUUGUUAUGACUGUAUCAAGUGUGCAGAUGGAGAAAUGUCCAACACAACAGAUGCAGCAAAUUGUGUGAGAUGUACUGAGUAUCAGAAGUCUAAUACCGAGAGAACUGAAUGUCUCCUUAAAGCUGUAAACUUCCUUUCCUAUACAGACACAAUGGGAGGCAGUUUUACUUCCAUUGCCUUGAUCUUCUUCAUCACAACUUCCACAGUUUUGGGAAUCUUUGUGAAAUAUUGGGGCACUCCGAUAGUGAAAGCUAAUAACCAACAUCUCAGUUGUAUCCUCCUCAUCUCUCUCAUGUUGUGUUUCCUUUGCACUUUAUUAUUCAUUGGACGCCCAACACAAAUAUGUUGUCUUCUCCGACAAGUAACAUUUGGAAUUGUAUUUACUAUUUCUGUUUCUUCUAUACUGACUAAAACUCUCACAGUUAUUAUUGCCUUCAAUGCCACUAAGCCUGGGAGCAAGCUGAAGAAGUAUGUAGGAACCAAAGUGCCCAUUGUAUUAGUUAUAAUAUGCACUCUGGGUUCAUCUGUAAUCUCUGCUGUAUGGAUGGCUUCUCACCCACCCUUUUUUGAGGCUGAUACAUUUUCAGAAAUGGACAAAGUUAUUUUAAUGUGUAAUGAAGGAUCUGUAUCCCUUUUCUUUUGUGUUAUUGGAUAUAUAGGAACAUUGGCCCUACUAAGUUUCAUUGCUGCAUUUCUAGCCAAGGAUUUCCCCGACCGAUUUAAUGAGGCUAAAAACAUCACUUUCAGUAUGUUGGCGUUCUGUAGUGUGUGGGUGACAUUUGUCCCUGCAUACCUGAGCAGUAAGGGGAGUAGAAUGGUGGCAGUUGAGAUAUUUGCCAUCUUAUCCUCUAGUGCUGGAUUAUUGGGCUGUAUAUUUGUCCCUAAAUGUUAUAUUAUUUUUCUUCAACCUGAAUUAAACACGAGAACAUUUAAGAUAAAUCCUAUUGCUUGAUAUAUUGUUCUCCUUCAGAAAGCACAAUAGUCAUUCUUUUGCAGGUAACAUAGAUAUAGCAGAAAUAGUAAAACCAUGGGAUAUAUUCUAUAUUUGAUAGACAAGAAUGUGCCUAUAUAGAUGAAGCAAAGUUUUGACACAGCAACCUUUUUGUUCACGGAUACUGCAAAUUUCUGCAGUGGGGAAAGUACCCUUCUUAAUUGGUUUAUAUCAUCACCAACAUUUGGGGGGUACAACAUCCCUUCAUCGUGUGAGUGCAGAACCGUGAACAAAAAGUUUCUGUUGCUAAGGGACUGUGCCGGGUCAACUGAAAACCAGCACCACUACUGCAGAGUGAGUAGUUUCCAGGUGUGC